AAGGCUGCCGAGCAGAACUCGGGGCUCCGUGGGCUGCGGGUGCUGGGGGUCCCCAGCAGGGCCAGACUUGUUCUUGCAGCUGCCGCCGCCACUGAGACCUGGGCCGGGGCAGCCCUGCCCUGACAUCAUGUACACCUUCGUGGUGCGCGACGAGAACAGUAGCGUCUAUGCCGAAGUCUCCAAGCUGCUCCUUUCGACUGGACAAUGGAAACGGCUGAAGAAAGACAACCCCAGGUUUAACCUGAUGCUAGGAGAGAGGAACAGGCUGCCCUUUGGGAGACUGGGUCAUGAACCUGGUCUUAUACAGUUGGUGAAUUAUUACAGAGGGGCCGACAAACUUUGUCGAAAGGCUUCUUUAGUUAAGUUAAUCAAGACAAGUCCUGAAUUGACAGAAUCAUGCACAUGGUUCCCGGAAUCCUAUGUGAUUUAUCCGACUAAUCUCAAGACUCCUGUGGCCCCGGCAUCACCCUCUCAGAAUGGAAUCCGGCAUUUGAUAAACAAUUCAAGGACAGAUGAAAGGGAAGUCUUCCUUGCCUCCUAUAACAGGAGGAAGGAGGGUGGGGAGGGCAACGUAUGGAUAGCCAAAUCCUCGGCAGGUGCCAAAGGUGAAGGCAUUCUUAUUUCUUCAGAGGCUACAGAACUUCUGGAUUUUAUAGAUAACCAAGGACAAGUGCAUGUGAUUCAGAAAUACCUUGAAAAGCCUUUGCUUUUAGAGCCAGGUCACCGCAAAUUUGAUAUUAGGAGCUGGGUCCUAGUGGAUCAUCAAUAUAAUAUCUACCUCUACAGAGAGGGCGUGCUUCGGACCUCUUCGGAACCAUACAAUAUCACUAAUUUCCAAGAUAAAACUUGCCAUUUGACCAAUCACUGCAUUCAAAAGGAAUAUUCAAAAAACUAUGGGAAAUAUGAAGAAGGGAAUGAAAUGUUCUUUGAGGAAUUCAAUCAGUAUCUAAUAAGUGCUUUGAACAUUACGCUGGAAAAUAGUAUCUUAUUACAAAUCAAACAAAUAAUAAGAAGCUGCCUUAUGUGUAUAGAGCCUGCAAUCAGCACCAAACACCUUCACUACCAGAGUUUCCAGCUCUUUGGCUUUGACUUCAUGGUUGAUGAGGAGCUGAAGGUCUGGCUCAUUGAAGUCAACGGGGCUCCGGCAUGUGCCCAGAAACUUUAUGCAGAGCUUUGCCAAGGUAUAGUGGAUAUAGCCAUAUCCAGUGUCUUUCCUCUUGCUGACACAGUGCAAAAGCAGAGCCAACAGGCUGCAUUUAUCAAGCUAUGAGGAAGAGAUGAUCAAAGCAACACACCGGAGAGAACUGCCGCACGUUGGGCUUUUGGGGGGCAGGAGGGAGGGUAAGUGGGGGGACAGAUUAUUGGAUGGUUUGAAAUCAUGCCAAAAAUGGGAGAGAAGUGGAUUUUUUUUAUCUGCAAAGGAAGAAGAAAAUAAAAACAAACACUUUCAAAGAGAAUCCAGGAUGAGCCAGAGGUGCUCGGAAUGUUUCACCAGACUCUGCUCUAAACACAGCUCAUACAACUUUUGAAAACUGAAGCAAAUCUCUCUGGGAGGACAGCAAAAUAUUACUUUAAAAAAAAUGAGGAUUCAACAAUUUUAUGUUCUCAUUCUUUUUUUAAAAAAAAUCUUAUUUUUACUAAUAAGGCAACUUUGUGAACAGCAUCUCUCUUGCUCAGGGACCCAGUGAAGCUUGGUCCUUUUGUUAAUAUGUAAGUUCUUUCCACCUGCUGCAGUCUUAGUGCCUUAGCUCAGUUCCCAAUAGGUAAUUCUUCUAUUCUUUUCCAUUAAGAAAACCCGUCUUGCUCUGGGAACUAGGAACUCCUCAGAGCAUUAAUUUUUGGUUACUGACUCUCCUGUACCUCCUUUAUCUCCCUUCCUUGUGCCCUGCUCUCCUGGAAUCUGUUGAAAACCUGGAAGGAGCAAACACCAACAAUCCUGAGCUUAGGAAGAGGAUCCAAGCUAAGAGAAGAAGAGGUUUCCUAAUAAGAUUAGCAUCAGUUGUCUAUUAGAAUUUCCAUCACGGGGAGAUGGAAAAAGUGUUGAUAUCAUUUCAAUCUGACCUAUGGGUUUAAGGAAAAGUAAUUUAACUCUUUGUGCUAAUUCUUUUUUUUACAUUAUCUACCCUUCUCCCUAUCCCCCACCUGACCAAUACCAGUAAUAAGCAAAAAAAAUGGUAUCUUUUCAUUUGUUACCAGGUUGAGUGUGUUGAGAUCUGAUUUGUUUUAUAAACCUACUUAAGAUCUUUAUUUUAAACUAACUUAUUGAAGUACAUUGUCAAGAUCCCAUUUUAAUGAUUUUCUUUUGAAAAUUUUUAAAAACUCCCCUCUCUCAUUUCUGCACUUUGAAAAGUAAACAUCCUUCUUCCCAAUGAUUUUGUUCCUACUCUUCCAACGUCCCUGAAUUUCCAGGUCCAUAGCUUCCCUAUCCAUGACCUUUCCUUUGUCUCUUUCUCCUUGGGCUCUAUGCAUUGUUCAGUCAAUCCUGGCUAUCUAACUGUGCUGCAGAGCAUUGUGGGAACUGCUGGUGGUGGUUGGCAAGUCACCCAACUGGAGCAGUCUCCUUUGGGGAAAAAAAGGGGGCAUGCUUUUAAAAGUCCACAUGGCACAUAAAGGAUUUUCCCCCGCCAUUCUCUCCUCCCCACCCUAUUUUUUCCCUUUUUAAGCUGGAUGUAUUUUGGAUUUCUAAAGCUGACUCUGUCCCUUUUUAUGUUUCCUCCCUUUGGAGGACACAUCAGGAGACCAAAUGAGUAGCAGGUUGGAAGUUUUGAGAUCAUAUUUGUCUUUAAUGUGUCACCAUUCAUGCACUUAGAAUGUCAAAUAGGGAUAAAGACUAGCAAAGAGACCUUUUUGAUGGCAUUUAGGAAAUGAAAGUCAGGCUUCUGCAAAUGGUCUGAUAAGAAAAUGACCCUCCUCUUAGAGCAACAUGAAAUGUUUUUUCCACAGCCAUUGUGCAGUGUUAGGUCUGAGGCACGCUGUAUCUCUCUUUCAUUCUUGGCACAAUAAAACAAACUCUACACGGAAGUUUUUUUUUUUUAGUAGCAGAAUUUGAACAUGUGAUAGUGAAAUGUUGCAUUCAAAAGGAACGAGAUUUAUCUGAUAGAAGGAGUGAUAUCCAGCAUUCAGCAAUGGCAUGUUUACUGAAUUGCUUGAAAUAUGGCCUGAUUGGGUCAAUUCUCACGGGGAUUUGGGAUUCAGAAAUCAGGCACCCACUGGUUCAAAGAUAAUGAAACACUUGUAUUCUGGAGAGAAACAAAAUCAGUCCUAAUAAAAGUAAAUCUUGGAGGCUAUAAAGCAGCUGUUUGAUUAAAUGUUUGAACCUGAGUUAACUAGCAGGCAUUUUUUUGGGAGAAGGGAAUGUGGCCAACUUCUAAGAUGUCCAUGUAGAGUCUUAAACUGGCUCUUCAUCUUUAACUUUUCUUUCUUUGAAGUGGUGAUAGUGGUGAAGCCUGUCUUGUACAGCAUCUCAAGAGUGGUAAC